ACGAUACAUAUUUAAAGACCAUAUGUAAGAGUCAACUCAAAAGAGGCCAUACCAUUACUAUCAUUGUGACAGUGCAUUAUUAGAAUUCUUCUUAUCAUAUUAUUCAUAUUCAUGAGUAACAUGGGUGCAUUCAUCACUUUCCUUCUAUCUUUUCAACCUCUCCCGGUCAUCUUCUUCCUCCUCUUCUACAUAACACUCAUCAAAUUCCGACGAGUUAAAAAAUCCAUUGGAACCGGUCCAACAACCUAUCCCGUAAUAGGUUGUUUAAUAUCCUUCUACAAGAACCGUUUUCGGUUGCUAAAUUGGUAUACAGAGCUUCUAGCCCAAUCGCCCACCAAUACUAUAUUGGUUCAGCGAUUAGGUGCACGUAAAACUAUUAUAACUGCAAAUCAACACAACGUCGAGUACAUACUCAAGACCAAUUUUAAGAACUUCCCCAAAGGGAAGCCUUUCAUGGAAAUUCUUGGUGAUUUCCUUGGUAAAGGUAUAUUCAACGUGGAUGGUGAUUUAUGGAUAAAACAGCGAAAACUGGCAAGUCAUGAGUUUUCGCUGAGAUCCAUAAACGAGUUUAUCGUGAACACAUUGGAUGAAGAAGUGAAUGAUAAGCUAUUGCCAUUCAUGGAUUCACUAUCAAUAGAGAACAAAGUGGUUGACUUUCAAGAGUUGUUGGGAAGAUUCUCUUUCAAUGUGAUUUGCAAAUUCACCUUAGGGAUUAAUGGUGACAAUGAUAGCAAUAGGUGUUGUUUGGAUCCUUGUUUUCCAAUUUCGCCGUUGGCGAGGGCUUUCGAUGUGGCGGCCGAGGUUUCAGCUAGGCGUGGAGCGGCGCCUUUGUUUUUGGUGUGGAGAGUGAAGAAGUGGCUCGGAGUUGGAUCGGAAAAGAAGCUUAGAGAGGCGGUUAACGAAGUUAAGACACGCGUCAUGGAAAUUAUUUUGGAGAGGAAGAAGAAGAUGAAUGUAAAGGGAGAGGAGCUUGAUGGUGAUCAAGAUCUCUUGUCACGUCUUAUUUCUUCAGGUCAUGAUGAGGAAGUAAUUAGGGACAUGAUGAUAAGUUUCAUUAUGGCAGGGAGGGACACAACAUCAUCAGCAAUGACAUGGUUCUUUUGGUUACUAUCACAUUAUCCUAAUAUUGAACACAAAAUAUUGAAAGAAGCAAAUUGUGACUCAUUAGAUUAUGAAUCAUUGAAGAAUAUGAAUUUCUUAAAAGCAUGUUUAUGUGAAUCAAUGAGAUUAUAUCCACCAGUGGCAUGGGAUUCAAAACAUGCCACGUGUGAUGAUGUAUUGCCAGAUGGCACUCCGGUAAAAAGUGGAGAUAGAGUAACUUACUUUCCUUAUGGAAUGGGAAGAAUGGAAAAUAUAUGGGGAAAAGAUUGGUUUGAAUUUAAACCGAACCGAUGGCUCGUUGAAACGGUUGAACCAGUUAAACCGAUUGAACCAGAAAGCAACCAAAUAGGAACAAUAUUGAAGGAAAUUUGUCCUUUUAAGUUUCCUGUUUUUCAGGCUGGUCCAAGGGUAUGCCUUGGAAAAGAAAUGGCUUUUAUACAAAUGAAAUAUGUAGUGGCUACUAUACUUAGGAGAUUUAAUAUUAAAGUAGUUGGUCCUAAGAAGCCUAUAUUUGUGCCACUUCUUACGGCUCACAUGGCCGGUGGAUUAAAAGUAUUGAUUUCUAAGAGAGUGUGAAACUUUAUUAACCCAUUUUGAUUAACAAAUAUUCUUUAUAUUA